AUGGCUACUACUGGUGGAGGUUAUCUCCCUUACUUUGGAUCAAGAUAUUAUGAUAAGUUGGGAAUCUUCACCAGAAAUAAAGAUGAUAACAGCACAGAAGACUUUGAUCCGGAUGAAGAUGCUUGUGAUGAGAGGAUUCAGGAUUUAAGCAGUUCAGAAAUAAAAAAGAUAAAAAAGGGGACAACGUUGAUGGAACCAAGCACCCCAAGAGUUGUAACAGGAACACUUUACAAUCCAAUUGCUAGAAAGAGAUGGAACAUCAAGGCUCGACUUCAUCUUACCAACCCUUGGUGGAUAGUGCACAUAUUGAGGACUGAUACCUACAAAGGUUUUGUAGUACCAACAGGUCAGAAUGCUGUUUCCUACCGCCUCAUCACAGAUCCUUACCAGGUCAGACAACACAAACUUGUGGAGAUACUGUUAACUGACUGCCAGCAAGAUAACACCGCUGCCUUGGACAAGUUUCAACAGUUUUUACAACUGAACCAUGAGGAACUGCAGCUGGACGUGUCUCACCUGUUGGACCUGUUGCAGAAGUUUGAGGAUUAUCUACCAGAUGAUGAUAAGGGGAUUGUUUCCCAGAUAACAAAGAGGCUCAAAGGAUUUGAUGGGAAGAUGAUAAAAAGAGCACGGGAGUUUCCAGAGCUGUUCCGUUACCUUCCACAACUGGUACCAUACCACUUCCUGUCCAUUAUAAACACAGAACAGGCUGAAAUCCUUGAAAGACUUGACUAUGCCUUGAAAGAAGAACCUUGGGUGUUUGCAUUCAAAAGGCUCCUGGUGAAAGAGUACCAUGUGAUGGGGAUAGAGGUGAGUCAGGAGGUGCUACGAAAGUGUGGUAUCUUAUCAAAAAUACCGAAACUCUACCAGGAAGCCAUUGAACUGUACACUUAUGUUAAGAAUGAAACAAAUGCACAUGGCCAUACCUGUCUACACCUUAACUCUGAUCAUCAUAAUAAGAAGCUAGACACGCUGAACAAGGACAGCAACCAGGGAGCUGUCCUGAAAUAUCUAUAUGACAAGGAGAUACUAGUUAGGGAGAGGAUAGGAGGAAAGGUAUGGACUUUUCCAUAUGACCUGUGGAAAAGUGAGGUCAACAUUGCAAAAGGCUUGAACCAGCUGUUUGAACAACACAUUGACAGCCCAAAGAUACUGGACAUAGACGUCCAAAACAAUCCCAGUUUUGUGAACAUAUGUACCGACAAGGAUCAGAUGAAGGCUGCAGAAUUCAUUAAGAACUAUCCUGUUGUUGUCAUAUCUGGGAAGGGAGGCUGUGGCAAAACAACGGUGGUCACUAAAGUGAUGUCAGAAACGUGCAAAGAAAUUGAUGAUAAUCCGAUUGUCAUGUAUACUGCCCCAACAGGAAAGGCUGCAAAGCUGCUUGGACGGAAAGCAGGCACAGAUGGCUUUACAUUACAUCAGAUAAUUUAUAGUUUCCGUUUCCACAUGAAAAUGAAGCCAGACUUACCCUGGAAGUUUUCAAGUACAAAGGUCCUUGUUGUAGAUGAGUGUAGUAUGGUCGCAGUCCACAUCUUUGCGACAUUACUGGACAUCCUCCUGAGGAACUCCAAUCUUCAGCGAAUCAUUCUCCUUGGAGAUGUACGACAACUGCCAUCUGUCCAACCAGGAAAUUUUCUGGAGGAUAUUUUUAACACUUUCAAUUGGAACCCUGGUUGUAGCAUUGAACUUAAAACCAACCACCGAUCCGAAUCAGAAUUAAUAGUCAAUAAUGCUACAAAAAUUUCUUGUAAACAGAUGCCAAAAUUUGAUGAAAAGUGUAAUUACAGAUUUUAUUCUGUUUUGCCUAAUAAGCAAAUCACAGAUCAGAAGGAAUAUGAAAACGAACAUUUCAAGAAAGUUUUAGAAAACAUGCUUAGAAACCAGGAAAACAUGCGAGACCAUACCACUUCCCACAUCAUUGCUUACAGGAGAAACAUGUGUAAAGUCAUCAAUGAAUUGGCAAUGGAAUUCUACAAUCCAGAUCGUGUAGAGGGAAAGCCCAGGGAGAUCAACAAAUUCAAAAUAGGAGAUAAAGUGGGACUUUAUAAGAAUGGAUGGGUGAGCUUAUUUAAAUGGGAGGGUGGAACAAGAGGUUUUGUCUCUCCAGUGUAUGUGGAAGACACAGAUGACCAGGUAAUGCAGCCCACCCAGUUGCCCACAGUUACAGAGACACCCUGCAAGAAGCUAGGAAUAGUCCAGAAGUUAACAUUAGAGGAGGAGUUGUCUGUUUGUUACAGCCAAGAAAUUGCCGGAAAGAUGUUACAGGACCAGGACCAACAAGGAGGGGAAUCAGUAUCACAGCAAGGUGAAAAAGAAAAGACUCAGAAGAAGAUCAGGCUUUGUAAUGGAGAGAUAUACUUCAUCAAAGAUGAUUAUGAACAAGAAGAAGAAGUUAAAUCUGGUGUAUUUCGUCGCCGACGUUACCUGAAGCUGUCUGAUGAAGAUGGUGAAUCACCAACAGAAUUUUAUGCCUUGUACUCACAGCUAAUGAGGGAAUGUAAAAUGACACAGGCAUGGGCAAAGACAAUACACACAUUCCAGGGCUCUGAGUGUAAUACAAUCACCUUUGUGGUUGGGAACUGUAAAAAUCAGAACUGGUCACAUGUGUAUACAGCUGUAACAAGAGGGCGCAGUUCAGUCAACAUUGUCGGUCAGGAGGAAUGUCUUCAAAUGUCAGUGAAAAAAGGAAAAAUGCCUAGGGAGACAGGACUCUCUCAUCAGCUGAAGAAAAUUAUACCAUCUACUCUCAGAGAAGAACUGUUCAAAAUUGCUCGAAAUGGUGGAUCACCAGCAAAGAAAGUGGAGAUAUCUAGGAACGAUUCAUUUUCUGAUUUGAAGGAAAUAGAAAACAGUGAGAUUUACAACACAUCAUCUGUGGAAAGCCCUUGUUUCAGUGGAUAUACCACACCCACAAAGACUGACUGCAGGUCAAAGGUCAGUGGAUAUCUCAGCAGCCAAAAUGGUGACUCUGAAAAGUCAAGGUCAAGACAUCAUCAAGGUUCUUCCAGGUCAUCAGAUCAUUGCAUGUUCAAAGGUCAAGGAUCUGAAAGAUACACACGUUUAGUCACACCACAUAGCACAUUGGUAGAGUCACCAGCAAAGUCUAGACUGUUUAAAGAGAACACUGCGACACCUCCAUCAGAAUGUAAAUGUCACAACAACACAGCUUGUAUUUGUGGGGUUACACCUUUGUCGUUGGAGUCUGGAGAGCACCUUGUUGACAAUUCCCCAGGUAGUGCAAGAGGAGAGAGUGAAGUGUGUCUGAACGAUAGUCAGUGGUCAGAUGUUAGCAAUAAUGAAAUAUUGUUUCAAUGUGAGGAACAGGUGCUACAACAGACUGAUUCAGAUGAGACAGUAAAUAUGGCAGGUGAUCAUUUUGAGCAGUCAGAUGAUGAUGAUUUCAUCAAUAUUAAUACAGAGUCUGAAUAUAUGGCCGUAUCCUCAACAUCCUUGUUGUCUGUACCUCAGACAACAGGACUAAACCUGCUACACCCAUCCCCAAAACGGCUACCUGAAGAUAACUUGGAUGGUGCCACGCCUGCUAAACAGAUACGCCAAGCUGCCUUGCAUACAGGCAUGACACCAGCAUUUAAGAAACUAAAUUUCUAAUUUAGGUUA